AUGACCGCCAAAGAUGGCGGCAGUAACCGCAAUAGCGAAGGCGGUUCACGGGACGUGCAGCAGCUCGAAGGCAGCAGGAGCACUCUUCUGACGAAUCCCACGCAGCGGUGGCGCGUCAAGCUCUAUCAGCUGGAUAAUGGCGACUGGAACGACCAGGGCACUGGGCUGUGCUGGGGGGUUGUUUCCGACAACACGGCCACGAUUAACGUUGAAGACGAGUCCGAGUCCGGCACAAUGCUUUUGGAGACGACCGUAGCCAGCAAUUCCCGCUAUCAGCGCCACAAUGCGCUUAUCAUUUGGAAGAUCGACGACGUCGAGCUUGCUUUGAGCUUCCAGGAGGUCCUGGGCUGCAUCACGCUCUGCGAAUUCCUGGUCCACGUCCACCAGUCAAUUUUACCCUCGGUCCAGCUGCUCAGUUGCUCUAAUACCCCGGACGGUGCCGCGGAUCUUUCCGAACUCAUCACCUCUCUGCUCCCGCCUCUGCCCACCCAGUCGAAUCUCGCGCUCGUCAACGAGCUUUUGGCCCAGGCCUCUGAAACACAGUACGGACACGAAGCAGUUGUCGCGUACUUUACGCAUUGCGAUUACCCGCGCUACAUUGUUGAUCUGUUUCAGUCGACCAAAUCAGACCCAGCCCUCAGCUCGAACGAGCGUCUAAAAAUACUCUACGCACUAAGCACCCUUGUCAAGCAAAUAUUGCUGUUUGGUGAGUCUUCCUUGUUGGAAUUAUUACUUGAAGACAAGUAUUUCACCGCCGCUCUCGAUGUCAUGGAGUACGACGAGGAGUUCGGUCGCAAAAAGGCAAACUACCGCUAUUUUUUCGAGAAACAAGCGCGUUUCCGUCAAGUCGUACCUAUCAACGACGAAGUGAUUAUAGAGAAAAUCCAGAAAACUUUCCGUCUCCAGCUGCUCAAAGACGUUGUGCUCGCCAGACUCAUGGACGACACGUCGUUUCACAUGAUCUCCUCCUUGAUUUUCUUGAAUCAAAUCGACAUCAUUGUGUGGAUGCAGUCGACUCCCGAGUUUUCAAAUGCGCUGUUUGGCUUAUUCGACGCAAAAAAUGGUCCAUUGGAGGAAACCGAGGCUCGUGAUGAAGGACUCCAGUUCACCGCCCAUUUGACUGCAACUUCCAGACCAUUUCAACCCACUCAAAGAGUCACCCUAUACCUCAUCAUGGUUGAGAAUGGGCUUUUUUCUGUUUUAAACUACGGACUGGCCCACUCAAACCGCCAAAUGCGCAAUUUGGCUUUGGACAUUGUUGGAACUAUUCUUGAAGCAGAUGCUAACGUCGUUUGGGUAGACUCCGCUCACAGAUACAAUGCACCAGUGAUCAAUGGCUUGAUGAAUAUUUUCAAUAAUGACAAUGACCCGCGACUGAGGCGACAAGCUUGCGAUGCUCUUAAAGCUUUGCUUGAAUCGCCCAUCGGGCCAGCCAGCGAACCUGAAGUCCUCUUUUAUGAAGAAACUGCGCCUGUGCUGUUUGAGGGCAUUGUCAAGAGAUUCUCAGAAGACCCUAAAUCGGCCCAUUAUUUCGAGCUCGCCCUCGAAUUGCUCGGCUUUUGUCUGAGAAAGCGGCCCUCUUCAACGACCGCCAUAAUUGAAAACUUGGACUUAUUCGGCAUCGUCUCCCAACUCAUCGCGUCUCCACCAUCAAAGUCCACACUCCUGGCUAGUCUCCGCUGUGUGCGUAACUUUUUGAUUGCCGCCGAUGCCGACAAAGUCAUGCUACUCACCCCACCCAAUGGCUGCCUUAGCCAAGUCCUGAAAACAAUGGCCAACCUAGGCAAUGUGAACAAUGCGGUUCAUUCAAGUGGCCUGGAGUUGCUUAUGAUGAUUUCGCCUAGCACAGAAGACAAAUUCGCCCGCCUACGGCGCUGGCUGGCUGCCCAACCUGAGCUGGCUCAGUUGAGUUAUAUUUCUUGUACCCAUUCAAUUGUUGUGUCACCCUCGGAACCUGCAUCAAACGGAGAAACAAGUGAAGACGAAGACCUGCCCAAAAAGCGCCCUGUGGAAGAAGAGCAGAUCACCCCCAGCAAACGGGUCCGCGAUUCCAAAGCAUCCAGACUCUCAAACCCCCAGGCGUCACCGCGCCGCUCACAUUCAUUGCCCAUCGCUUCUUCACCGCCAGAAACACCACCCCGCCUUUCGCCAGAAACACCAUCUCCUCGCCGGGCUGUCCGCAUUAUGUCCACUCCGCCGGCCACGCGUCAAGCGUCCACCCACGAGACGAUGCUCAAGAUGGGCUCGGAUGACGUGCCUGGCCCAGGCACUCCGCGGCCCAGGGAACGCCAGAACCUCCAAAAGAGACUUGUGGCGGCAAAAAAGUUCAUGUUGAACCGCAUGUAA